CUCACAAGCGCGCUGUUAAUGUAUCGGUGUGUACCUUUAUCCUCGAGCUGCAUCGCUGAUAAGCGUCAAAUCUUGCCUAUAUCGUACGUCAGUCAACUCCGCACUAGCUCGACGUACACCUUCGACGAGUGAACUCUGGUGCAAGAUCAUUCGCGGCGCCGUGUGCGACAGCGACCAGCUCGGUGCGACGAUGCUAGUCUCGGUGCUCCUAGCGUUGGCGACAGCCUACGUCGUUUACAGCUGCUUCUUUGCACGCUCACCGUUGCCGAUCGCUGGGAAAUAUGAACAGCCCGGACGAUGGUACGCUGUCAAGCGUGCAGUCGUAUACGUAUACUGGUUGAUUCGCCGAUGGAGACGGCCAGAUGAUUGCUCUACCCCACGGAUGGACAGGCCACGUCUUAGGCCAGAGUUCCCUGCUAGCAAGGACGAGCUUGUACAGCCGUUACAAGAUCACCCAGAUGCAUUCGACUCCGUGUAUAUGAAUGGCGUGGACAGUCACGGAAACACACUAGUUACCCGCAUUAUUCGAAGGCCCAACAGAAGGGCUGAGGUGUGGUUGAUGCUGAAACUAGAAGAUGGCCGCUACUUCCACUUCCCCGGCUUUCCCGACACAACAGUGUACAACACUGACGGACAGACGUUUACUGCCGGUGGUCUGCAGUACGAGGUGCUGGAGCCAUUAUUGAAAUGGAGAGUCACAUUUAAUGGACUUCUCAGAGAAGGUGAGAGGAAUACAUGGGAUCAAGAUGAGGAAGGCGCACUAGUUCAUGUGAAGUUUGCGUUCGUGUGGACAGCGUACACAGGUAAAUUCAGUUAUUUUGACGACAUCCAUCCACUCGUAGUGUCUGACGCAGUUGCCAGCGAACCUUGGACAUACGCCUAUUUAGAGCAAAUUCGCGAAUACAGUCUAGCAGAGCGGCAGUACGAGUUGUGGGGGCAGCUGUUGGGAGAGAUAUCUGUAGCUGGAGAGACAGAGAGAAAGUUUCUAUUGAGAGGAGUCAAGGAACAUGCGUGGGGAAUCCGCGACCUGAACGCUUUGAGUAGAUACAUAAUUAACAGGGGAUAUUUGGAGGAUGGAACAUCGUAUUCGAUAUCCGCUGUGAGCAUAUCAGGGUUAAUGUCCCAGUAA